UAUCCAGCUCCAUCGUGCUCAGUAAACUCAAACAUCUAUGCUCAUUCUGAUAUGGAAUUCGAUGUCUACUUCCCCACCUCAGCACCGGUCUCCACUACCUCCUCACAAAACCCCAGCCCUGUUCAUUCGAUGUAUUGCCCACCACCAGUACCACAACCCACUAAUCCAGGUGCUCGGCCAUUUCUGUGAGUUCAACACCGCGCCGACUUUCUGCCUCGAUCUCCAUCGUUCCUCAUUCCAUUCACUUGUCUUACAUCACGGGUUCUGUAUAUAUACUAUUAAAGAAUAA